AUGGACCCCACAAAAGAGUCAUGUGGGUAUACGAAGUAUAUAGUGGUUUUUUCACGAAGUGGACGAUGCUUAAGCACAGUUGAAAAAAAAUUUCCUGGAUGGUUUGAUUGCCCUUUAGUUGAACAAGGUAGGCUUGAAGCCGCAUCAAGUGGAGCACUGUUGCGCAAAGAGGGUUAUCAAUUUGAUGAAGUUCAUACAUCCGUUUUGACUCGUGUAAAUGAAGGUGCUGAUAUUAUUCUUAAAGAACUAGGACAAAAACACAUUCCUAAAUAUAAAACAUGGCGAUUAAAUGAUUUACAUUACGGUGAUUUGACUCGUAAAAAUAAACUAGAACUUUAUGCGCAAUAUGGCGAAAAACAAGUACAAUUAUGGAAACAAAGCUACGAUGUUGCGCCACCACCAAUGACACCAGAUCAUCCACAUUAUGAAGAAAUUAUAAAUAAUCCAAUAUUUGCAAAUGGGCCACCCAAGGAUGAAUUUCCAAAAUUUGAAUCUCUAAAAAUGUUAAUGGAACGAUCUAUUCCAUAUUGGGAAAAUGACAUAGUUCCAAAAUUGAAACAAGGCAAAAGGAUACUGAUUGUCAGUUCGGCACAAUGCUUUCGUGGAUUUAUCAAGUAUUUGGAUCAUAUUAGCGAGGAACGUAUCGAAAGAUUGAAAAUACCAUAUGGUAUUCCGUUUGUUUACGAAUUGGAUAAGAAUUUUCGACCCGUAGUUUCAAUGAAAUUCAUUGCCACAGAUGCUGUUGUAUACGAAGUUCAAAAACGGCUUUCUUCAAGAGGCUAUUUCGAGUCAACAUUAAAACUCAAAACGGCGACGUUACUAAAGAAAGUUAUUAAAUUACAUGCAAAUUAUUGUGUCAAUCUGUCAAAACGAUGUGCUUUUCACUCACGUAACGUUAAAGAAGGUGGAAGUAAAGUUAUUUUUGUGAGACACGGUGCUGGUGAAUGGAAUGAUAAAAAUUUAUUUACUGGAUGGUAUGAUGUACCUUUGUCUGACAGAGGUCGUCGCGAAGCUAUCGGUGCUGGCCAAAAAUUACAUAGUCUUGGAAUACACUUCGAUGAAGCCUAUACGUCAGUACUGACUCGUGCGCAGUUAACUCUUGAACUCAUAUUGAAGGAAGUUGGUCAAGAAAAUAUUCCUACUUUUACCACGUGGAGGUUAAAUGAACGACAUUAUGGAAGUUUGACGGGUCUUAAUAAACAAGAAACGGCUGAAAAGUAUGGUGAACAACAAGUGCAAAUAUGGAGACGAAGCUAUGAUAUAGCACCACCACCAAUGGAACCCGACCACCCAUAUUAUAAAAAAAUUCGAGACGAUCCGAGAUACAAAGAUGGACCAUCAACUGAUGAAUUUCCAGAUUCCGAAAGCUUGAAGGACACCUCUCAUCGAACAAUUCCCUACUGGAGGAGUUAUAUUAUUCCUAAAUUAAGGAAAGGUCAUACAAUUUUGGUUGUUGCACAUCAAAACAGUCUUAGAGCUCUUGUGAAAUAUUUAGACAAAUUGGAUCCAGAGCAAAUAAUGGACUUGAAUUUACCAACUGCCCUUCCAUUUGUUUAUGAAUUCGAUAAACACCUGCAACCCAUUAUCUCGUUUAAAUUUAUUGAAGAUGAAGAAACUGUCAAACAAGCGAUGGCUAGAGUAGCAGCGGAAUCUAAGAAAAAGAAAAAGGAAGAAUAGUUAAAAUAAAUGUUUAACGUUUAUAUAAAAACCUGUAAUUUGUUUGUAACCGUAUUAAAUAAAAAUUGUUGUAACUUGAA